AUGGGACGUGCCGGAGCCAUGAGUGACGGUGUCGUCCCAAUGAUUGCGCUUGUCCUGCUGCUGGCCACCGUGGCUGUCUGCUGGGCCCUUGGCCACUGGCAACCACGGAGGCGGCAGACACGGAGACGAAAGCGCAGGAAGCGCCCCGUGGUCUGGCCCAGAGGCUCCCGGAGGAAGGCAGGAGCCCCGGUGGCUCCCGGCUCCUUCAGGCCUCGGGCCAAGCCUCGCAAGCGGCCACGUGCUCCUGCGAGACCCCUGGGCAGCCCCUGCAGCUGCGGCCCCUUGGUGGCCGUGGCCCAGGAGCUGCAGGAUCUGAUGCUGCUGCUCAGGGAUCGCAAUGGGGCACGUGCGCCGCUUUAUUCAGGGAUGUGGCAGGCCUUGUGGAGGGAACUGGCGGAGCUGGUGAAGCGAGGCCACCUGGGCCGCUGUGGCUCAUCCGGCUCCACAGGAGGCCCCCAUCCCUGUGAGAGGCCUCUCGCCUCUGCUGCGAGAGCCUCAGCCCUUGCAAGGAUGGCACAGCAGGGGAGACCCGCCAUCCAUGCAGGGGCCUCAGGCUGUCAGAGACCCUCCAUCCCGCCACCAGCCUCUGCUCUCUCUGACAGCCGCCAUCCCCUGCAGAGGCUCGGGGAGACCUGUCAGCCUGCGGAAGGGGCAGAGCCCGGGGACAGGUCUCCCAGCUCCCUUGGACCCACGGGCGCAGCCCUGACCAUUGAUGUGGUCAGGGAAGGCCCAGGAGGCCAAACGGGAGCCCAGCCCGAGCCAGGGGAGCCUUGUGAGGAGCAGCUGGCGGAGCAGCAAGCGUCCUGGAGCCGGCCGUUGCCGGCCCACAGCUGCCAGGAUGCUGUGCCGGGUGUGGCAGCUGGCAACAGCCGCAGCCUGGAGGUGAGAUCUGCCCAGGAGCUGUCUGAGGCUCCCCCGGGGCUCUCGAGGGGCAUUCCCAGGCCAGGGCCCCUGAGAGCAACCUGGUCUCCGGUUGCUUCAAAAACCCCUGUCUGCUUUACAGCUGCUCCUGGGAUCCCCCUGGGCGAAGCCUCGGGCUGUAGCCCCGGCCGUCCUCAGCAGCAGAGGGCAGACCACGAGGCCGGGGACAGCAACGGUGCCGUCCUGCUCCGCUGCUCAGCGGCUCCUGCAGCCAUCUCUGGGCCCUGCCCUGCCCCAGCUGUGCCGCUGGCCAGCUCGAACACUAACAGGCAGCGGCCACUGCCCGGCACGCAGCAGGAAGCAGGGCAAAAGAAGCAGCUGCAGGAGCUGUACCAGCUGGGCCCGCAGCUGGGCAGCGGCGGCUUCGGCACCGUUUUCUCGGGCACGCGCCUCUCCGAUGGGAGCCCGGUGAGUGGCCGCGACGGCCGGGCGUGGCAGGAGGGGCAGGGGCGGGGAGGGGCCGGGCUUGAGCUCAACCCCCCUCUCUCCAUGGCUUGCAGGUGGCCAUCAAACGCGUGGCCCGGGAGAGCGUCCUGCAGUGGGACGAGCUGGUGCGUGAGCGGGGCCAGCGGGACAGAGAGGGCCGGGGCGGGCAGGGAUAAGGCCGGGGCCUGGGCAGUGGCAGGCGGGGGAUGGCGGGGGGAGCGGGCGUGGGCUCAGCGUGCCAGCCGGGGCAUGGCGGGCCUGGCGGUGCCAGAGACCGGUGGUGGGGCCGGGAAGGGGGCACCUCCCAAGCACGAAGCCCAAGCAGCAGGGAGGCUGCCCGGGGGUGAGCACUGGGCCAUGCCAGGCAGGGAGGGGGCAGCACAGCCACAGGGCAGCAUCAGGCCUGCUGGAGGCAUUGUCUUCUCCUCACAGCCCGACGGCACCCGUGUGCCCAUGGAGGUCGUGCUGAUGGAGAAGGUGGGCUCUGGUUGCCACUACGUCAUCCAGCUCCUCGACUGGUUUGAGCUGCCUGACAGCUUCCUACUGGUCAUGGAGCGUCCGGAGGCAUCGCGGGAUCUCCUGCAGCUCCUGCUGGAGCACGAGGUCCUGAGCGAGGAGAUGGCGCGCUGGCUUUUCCGCCAGGUGCUGGAGGCCGUGCGGCACUGCACCGCCUGCGGCGUCCUGCACCGCGACAUCAAGCCCCAGAACCUCCUCGUGAACCCGGAGAGUGGUGACCUGAAGCUCAUCGACUUCGGUUGCGGCACCUUCCUCCAGGAGCGACCCUACACACAAUUUGCCGGAACACACGUGUACAGCCCACCCGAGUGGAUCGCCUGUGGCUGCUACUACGGCCAUUCGGCAACCAUCUGGUCCCUGGGCGUGCUGCUGUACGUCAUGGUCUGCGGGAACCUCCCCUUCUGCAAGGACCAUGACAUCGUGUCGGGGCAGCUCUUCUUUGGGCACCAGGUCUCUCCAGCGUGUGAAGAUCUGAUCCGCUGGUGUUUGGCCAAGCACCCCGCGGACAGGCCGGAGCUGGAGGACAUCUUGUGCCACCCCUGGGUGCGGGGCGGGCAUUUCUGA